AUGGACGAUUUUAUUGACCUGAGCGAUGACCAAUGGGAGCGCCUCGAGCGCGGCGAGCGCAUUUCUUCCCCGAGCUGCGGCGCCGGUGAUCGCGCCGAUGAUCGCGCCGGCAAUUCCGCCGCUGAUCCCGCUGUGAAUUCCGCCGGCGAUUGCGGCCGGCCGAUGGACCCGCGAUUGGCGCUAGAGCUCGAGGAUGAGCGGGAAGACGUCGAAGCGCGUCUGCAGAAAAUACAGGAGGAGGUCGAGUCGCUGCUAGAGGAGCAGGAGCAGCUAAUUAAGCGACGCGAGGAGAUUAACUCCAGACUAGAGGCGUCGGCUGCGGCUGCAGCCUCGUGGGCUGCUGCUAAUAACGCGAAUAUUAAUAACGGAGUUGUCAGUGAGAGCAAUAAUACCAGUGAUAGGAACGAUAGUGGUGGUGGAAAAACUGAGCAAGGGGUAGCAGUGAGUGUGGGGGGGUCAAGAGGAGUAGGAGGAGCAGGAGGAGCAGGGGCAGGAGGAGGGGCGGGAGGAGGAGCAGGUGCAGCAGGGUUGGGAUCGGUGGCGAGGUGGCAAGCCCCCUUUGAGUGGGACGCUCAGGUGGCUGCGAUUGGGCGAGAUGUGUUUGGGAUCGGACGGUUCAGAUCGCAGCAGAGGGAGAUCAUCAACGCAGUGUUGUGCAAGCGAGACGUGUUUGUGAUCAUGCCAGCAGGGGGAGGCAAGAGCCUCUGCUACCAGCUGCCUGCGCUGCUCUCUCCAGGCAUCUCCCUUGUCGUCAGCCCUCUGCUGUCGCUCAUCCACGACCAGCAUACACUGCUUUCAUUACGUACUGUGAAUGCGUGCAGUGUGGUUUCCUCUGCUACCAGCUGCCAGCGCUGCUCUCGCCAGGCAUCUCCCUGGUCGUCAGCCCGCUGCUCUCUCUCAUUCACGACCAGCGCUGCUCUCCCAGGGAUCUCCCUCGUCGUCAGCCCGCUGCUCUCACUUAUUCACGACCAGCUGCCUGCGCUGCUCUCUCCAGGCAUCUCCCUGGUCGUCAGCCCUCUGCUGUCGCUCAUCCACGAUCAGCUAUCUGCGCUGCUCUCUCCAGGCAUCUCCCUUGCUGUCAGCCUGCUGCUCUCGCUCGUCCACAACCAGGCGACUGCCAACGCUACUUUUCUCUCUCCAGGCAUCUCCCUUGUGGUCAGCCCUCUGCUAUCGCUAAUCCACGACCAGCUGCCAGCGCUGCUCUCCCCAGGCAUCUCCCUGGUCGUCAGCCCACUUUUGUCGCUCAUUCACGACCAGCUGCCUGCGCUGCUCUCCCCAGGCAUCUCCCUGGUCGUCAGCCCACUUUUGUCGCUCAUUCACGACCAGCUGCCUGCGCUGCUCUCCCCAGGCAUCUCCCUGGUCGUCAGCCCACUUUUGUCGCUCAUUCACGACCAGCUGCCUGCGCUGCUCUCCCCAGGCAUCUCCCUGGUCGUCAGCCCACUUUUGUCGCUCAUUCACGACCAGCUGCCUGCGCUGCUCUCCCCAGGCAUCUCCCUGGUCGUCAGCCCGCUGCUGGCUCUCAUCCACGACCAGGUCAUGUGCCUGUCAGGCUUUGGCGUGCCAGCGGCCAUGCUCACAUCUACAACGAGGCGCAUUGCUGCAGCCAGUGGGGCCAUGAUUUCCGCCCUGACUACGCUCAUCUCUCAAAGGGCAGCAGUAGGCAAGGUCGCCCCCGCCCCACUAUGCUCAUCUGUCAGUUCUGAAAAAGCAGUCCCCUGCCCCGACUAUGCUCAUCUGUCUGUGCUCAAGAAGCAGUUCCCCAAGACGCCCAUGCUCGCUCUCACAGUGAGUGCUGUUCUCAUUGUGGUGCUGCCCUCACAGCAUUACUAUGACUGCGCUCAUCUGUCAGUGCUCAAGAAGCAGUUUCCCAAGACGCCCAUGCUGGCUCUCACAGCAACAGCGACAGAGCGUGUGAGGGACGACGUGAGGGACAUGCUUCAAAUGCGCCGCUGCGAGCUGUUUGUCUCCUCUGUCAACCGGCCCAAUCUCUUCUACGAGGUGCGGGAGAAGCCGCCUGGUGCUGCACCUGCUGUGGAGUCUAUUGCACACUUCAUCUUGGAGCACUACGCUCCCUCGGACUCAGGCAUCGUCUACUGCUUCUCAAGGAAGGAGUGCGAGCAGGUGGCAUCGGAGCUGUCACUGCGGGGCAUCCCAGCAGCGCACUACCAUGCCGACAUGGACCCAUCCCAUCGCACCCACGUGCAUGUCAGCUGGAGCAGGGGAGAAGUGCAAGUCAUUGUGGGCACUGUGAGUGACCGGGUUGGGAGGGGUGGGGGAAAAGGGGGGAAGGGGGGUAUAGUUGGUUCGGUUUGUCAUACACCAUACUCUCAGCAAGUCUAUAGAGACGUAUUACCAGGAGAGUGGGCGAGCGGGCAGGGAUGGGCUGCCGGCUCGCUGCAUUCUCUUCUUCCGAUGCGCCGACCUGCCCCGACAGGCAAGGAUGGGCUGCCGGCGCGCUGCAUUGUCUUCUUCCGAUCCGCAGACCUGCCCAGACAGGUGAGUAAGUUGACAAGGGUGGGAGGCGGGGAGUAG